CGAGCUUCUGAGUCAGUGAUGCGCCCGGUUUGUAGUUAAACUCCCGAAUAAACCGAAGAGUGAAGUCGUUUAAAAGAAAGCGUAAACUUUGGAGUUUUUCUACCCGGAUACAGAACACAAUGGACCGCAGUCGGGAUGAGCCUGAAGUCUCAGAGGUUUCGGAGAAGCUGGAGAAGUGUUUAUCCAUGGACGCAGACAGCAAAAUGGAAAAAUACAACAGACUAAUAUCCGAUGGGAAAAGUGUGGCUAAACAAGGGGACAUCCAGAGAGCUCUGGAGCUCUUCAAACUGGCAUACAGCAUUCACCAAACCCCCAAACUGAAGAGCAGGAUACAGAAGAUCGAGGAGCUCCUGGCUCAGAACGACGAGGAGGAGGACGAAGACGACGAGUUUGUCAAUGUGAACAACAGUGGUUUAAUGCUUUAUAGAGAGCUUCACGACAAGCUGUACGACUACCAGCGAGAGGGGGUCUCCUUCCUGUACGGCCUCCACAGAGAUGGGCACAAAGGGGGGAUUCUGGCAGACGACAUGGGGCUCGGGAAGACCAUCCAGAUCAUAUCGUUCCUCUCUGGCAUGUACGACAGCGAGCUGAUAAAACACACUCUGCUCAUCAUGCCAACAUCGCUCAUCACAAACUGGAUCAAGGAGUUUGCCAAAUGGACUCCUGGCAUGAGGGUGAAAGAGUUUCACGGCAUCAGUAAGGCGGAAAGGAGCAGGAGUUUGGAGAAAGUUCAGAGGAGAGGCGGCGUCAUCAUCACCACAUACACCAUGCUGAUGAACAACUGGCAGCAGCUGUCCUCCUACCACGGACAGGAGUUCUGCUGGGACUAUGUGAUCCUGGACGAGGCUCACAAGAUAAAAAACACAUCCACCAAAACAGCCAAGAGUGCCUAUGCCAUCCCGUCCAGGAACCGGAUCCUCCUGACAGGAACUCCGGUCCAGAACAACCUGAGGGAAAUGUGGACUCUCUUUGAUUUUGCUUGCCAAGGUGCUCUCUUGGGGACGGCAAAAACUUUCAAAACAGAGUAUGAGAACCCCAUCACUCGAGCCAGGGAGAAGGACGCCACCCCAGGAGAAAAGGCUCUGGGUUCACGGAUGUCCGAAAACCUCAUGGCCCUAAUAAAACCCUACUUCCUGCGUAGGACAAAGUCUGAAGUCCAGAAAAAGAAGACGAUGGUCAAAGAAGAACCCUCAGGUAAAAAGGACAAAACAGACUCUGGAGCAGUUAUGCCCAAACUGACCCGAAAGAACGACCUGAUUGUCUGGACCUACCUGAGCGCCGUCCAGGAGGACAUUUACAGGCAGUUCAUCGACUUGGACCACAUUAAGGAGCUGCUCAUGACUUCGAGGUCCCCUCUGGCUGAGUUGAACAUCCUGAAAAAGUUGUGCGACCACCCGCGACUCCUUUCUGCCGGGGCAAUAGCAAAGCUGGGGCUUGAGGAAGACGGCCCGCAGGGCGAUGGUAGCGAGGCCAACGCCAACGGCAUCACCAACAUCCCAGACGAUACCCUGAUAUCAGAGUCUGGGAAGCUGGUCUUUCUGCUGGCUCUGCUGGAGAAGCUCAGAGAAGAAGGCCACCGCACGCUGGUGUUUGCGCAUUACAGGAAGGUCCUGGACAUCAUUGAACGCAUCCUUGGCAACAGGGGCUUCAAAGUGCUGAGGCUGGAUGGCACAAUAACACAGCUGGCAGAGAGGGAGCGGCUCAUCUCCCGCUUUCAGGAGGACCGGCGCUACUCCGUCUUCCUCCUCACCACUCAGGUGGGUGGAGUCGGCAUCACCUUGACGGCGGCUGACCGAGUGGUCAUCUACGACCCCAGCUGGAACCCGGCCACCGACGCCCAGGCCGUGGACCGCGCCUACCGCAUCGGCCAGACCCAGAACGUCGUCAUCUACCGGCUGAUCACCUGCGGCACUGUGGAGGAAAAGAUCUACAGGCGGCAGGUCUUCAAAGACUCCCUCAUCAGGCAGAACACCGGCGACAAGAAGAACCCGUUCCGCUACUUCAGCCGGCAGGAGCUGAAGGAGCUCUUCACUCUGGAGGAGCCCAGGUCCUCGUCCACGCAGCUGCAGCUGCAAGCUCUGCACUCCAGACACCGGCGGACCGACCCGGCCCUGGAGCAGCACAUCGCCCAGCUGCACGCCAUGCACAUGUUUGGCAUUUCAGACCACGACCUCCUGUUCUCCCUCGACGUCCACCACGACGAGGCCCCCGAGAACCCGGAGGAGCACAACUACAUCGAAGGGCGGGUCCAGAAGGCUCAGGAGCUGGUGAGGGCCGAGUGCCAGCUGCAGAUGCAGCUGACGGAGAGCAUGGCAGCAAACACAGAGCCGGCCUGGCUGAGACAGCCGCCGGACUCCAGCAGCAGAGAGACGGCACCCGAAAGGAGGCCCAGAAACCCAAGACCCAGUCCUUCACUUCCACAGCCCCACGACGCCAACCGGUCACCUGUCGUGCUGGACCUUGACCAGUCCGGUUCUGGAGAGGACCAGCAGGACACUGGGGCUGGAGUUAUUGACCUGACCUCAGACUCUGAGGACGGGGCAGCUCCUGGCGCCUCUUCUGAGGAGCUGGGGGAUAAAUCUGAGAGGUCUGGGGCUGAAUUAUCCUCUGGACCUGACGGCAGCCCUCUACAGGUUUCAGCCACCCAGCAGCUAAAUGGGACCUCACACUCUGAGGUGGACUUGGACCUGAUCCCAGCCCCUCAGAACAAAGGCGCGUCCAUCCUGCAGCAGUCUGACUCGAACGCCAGAGCAGAGACCUCCAGGACCAGCGUGGACCUGGACUCCUUUAGGGGGAACUUUAACCUGCAGUUGGAGGACAGCGGGGACGAAGUCCUGGAGGACGCCGACACCGAGGAGGAUGAGCAGAAGCUGCUGUCUCAGCUCCAGACCAACGGCAGCUUCAGCAUCCGCCGCUCGCUGUCCGAGAGCCUGCACAGGCCGGGUGGGUCCAGGGACCGGUCCCUGGACAUAGACCAGUCUGUAAACCAUUCCCAGGACCAGUCCAUGGACCAGUCCCUGGAGCACUCCCAAAACCAGUCCGUGGACCAGAACCAGUCCAGGGACCAGGCCCAGGACCAGUCCCUGGACCAUUCCCAGGACCAGUCCCUGGACCAUUCCCAGAACCAGUCCAGGGACCAGGCCCAGAACCAGUCCAGGGACCAUUCCCAGAACCAGUCUAGGGACCAGUCCAUGGGCCAUUCCCAGAACCAGUCUAGGGACCAGUCCAUGGGCCAUUCCCAGAACCAGUCUAGGGACCAGUCCGUGAACCAGUCCAUGAACCAGGACCAGUCCCUGGACCAGUCCGUGGUGGCCACAAAGAAGAGAAAAGCUUUAGUGAUUUACGACAGCGAAGAUGAGGACGAGGAGCCCAUGAACGGCUCUUUCCAGGUGCUCGGAGCCUCUACCCCCAAGUCUGGCUCCACGCCGGUCCGGUCCAGGAGGAGCGUCGGGGGCAACGGCUCAGUGGUCUCCCGCCGCUCGCUGCUCCGGUCCAUCAUCGAGGAUGUGGACGAGCAGGAGCAGGACGAAGGCCGGGGGGGGGAUGGAGAAGACAUGGUCUUCAUGACCUGCAACGAACCUGGACCAGAAGGAAGCAGAGAGACUUCAGAGGAGGAAGGAAGUCGGUCCGAGGAUCCUGAGAAGGAAGAAGACGAAGAAGAAGAGGAAGGAGGAGAAGAAGAAGAGGAAGGAGAAGAAGAAGAAGAGGAGGAGGAAGCGAAUGAAGUCAUUGGUUUGACUCUUGAUGAGCUGCAGCUGGAGGAAACCAUGGGAGAGACUCUGAACACAGAGGGGGAGGGGGAGGAGGAAGAAGAUGAGGGCUCUUCAGUGGAGGAGGUGGAAGCCUCCUCAGUGGAGGAGGAGGCUUCCUCGUCAGAGGGGGAGAAGCUCAGCAAGGGCUCCAGCUUCAGUCUGGAGGAGUCCACCGGGGACCCCGAGCUGGCGUCCGGUGAGAAGAUGGAUCAGUUUACCGCCGCCGAGCCGGAGAGCUACGACUGGCUGGUCAGCCAAGGGAAGGAGUGCUUCAGCCAGUCCAAGCUGGACGCCGCGCUGGACUUCUUCCUGAAAGCCAUCGACAUCAAACCGGGAGACCCCGAAAUCCAGUUCAUGACCAUCCAGCUGUACCGGCAGCUGAGCCAGAGACGGUAG